AUGCAAGACUGCACACAUGGAGUUCGUCCUAGUGAACACCUGCCGGAGAAGACUACCACGUCGCCUCGUCGGUUGACUUCGUCGUCAGCCGUCUCCGUCGACCCCCGUAUCCUCGCCGGAAUCGAGAUGGGUGAUGAGGUUGUUGAGGAUGAAGCCGGCCAUGGAGACGCUAAAUGGAGCUCGUACAUCACGGAGAUCCAUCGUCCGUCAAUCGACGUCCUGUCCCUACCGAUCCCAGCACCCAAACACACACACACACACAUAUACAAGUUGUAUAUCUUAGUCGGCGGACUGAUUGGGCUUGUUGGCGACGACGGCGUGGAGGAAGGGGCUGGGUUCUACCGGGGCAUUCUGUGUCACAGCCAUCUCGAUGACGGGCUAUGGAGGCUCGGCGACUCAAAUCGUGGCAGCAGACCGUGA